AUGCUGACCUCAAUAUCGAAACCGUCCACAGCCCGAAGGGUCAUAGCGUUUGUGAGAACUAUUUCCACAAACUGGUAUUAUGCCACAGAUGUCCCGUUGACAAAACCUCAUGAAAAGAAGUACAAACCAGAUACAUUGCCCAAAGAGUUCAAAAAGUUCACCACGCAGGACUCCAUAAAGUUACAAACGAUAUACACUCAGAAAAAUACAGACAAAGUCAACAUCCCCACAUCUGUUGCAGUAAGUGAGGAUGAACUGUUUGCAGUGGACUUACAAAAGAUGGAAUUGAAACCCGUAUAUUGGGAAGGUCCAUCUUACGAAGUUAGAAGGGGCGUUUGGUUUUAUUCCGACGGGACACCGCUACCUGAAAAAUUUACUCUUGAAAUAGAAAGACUCUCUAAACAAAUUGAUGCUUCCUCGGACACUGAUGAAAUUGAUAGCGUGGAAAAGCUUGAUCACGGCCCUUUCAGUGAUGGUAAGUAUGUAAUGUUUACCAGCGCAAAGGAAGCAUAUAUCUUGAAAGAUUUGGACGGCGGAACCUUGCAUAUGAAAUAUCUGAAGUCCGGCCUAGCUCAGUACUUAACGAUAAAUGGUGUUCGGAUUGUGAGGCAGGAGCUAAAUUCGACCGAUCAAGAUAAGACCGGUACUAAAACAAAGAAUGGAUCGCAGAGAGAAACCAGUAAGAAUAAAGAACAACUAUCGAGUAAAAUGCCUGAAAGCGGAACAUCAAAAAGAAAUCAGGAGUCAAACGUAUCCUGGGCAAAUUGGGACUUCUUUAAUCUAUUGCACUCUUACUGGUCCGCUCCUACUACAGAGGAUAAGAGUGAAGUAAAAAAAAUAGAGGAGGAACGAUCAAAAAGAAAGAGUGAUUCUGAUUAUGUUGAUCAGAACAACUCGCCCACCCAUUCCACAAAAAGAAAAGUGAAACAUUUGGUUUUGUGUGUCCAUGGAAUUGGUCAAACUUUGGGAAAGAAGUACGAAUAUGUCAACUUUUCCCAUACUGUGAACUUGCUGCGAUCCAACAUAAAGAAAAUUUACCAAGAAUCUGAAGAUCUUCAAACGAUAAAUAAAAAUGCUUGCACAGACGACUGGAAGACAAACUGCCAGGUACAGGUCCUCCCCAUAACAUGGAGACAUACCAUUGGGUUUCAAACGGAACCAGUAGACAAGAACACUAAAGAUCCUGACUUACCCACCCUUUCGAAUAUAACAGUAAACGGUAUUCUCCCGCUCCGCCGAAUGCUAGGCGACAUUGCAGUGGAUGUGCUUCUUUAUGAAGAGCCAUUCUACCGGAAACAGAUACUGAACGAAGUUACGAAACAACUGAAUACUGUUUACGAGUUAUUCAAAGAACGGAAUACCGAAUUCAACGGAGAAAUUCAUUUAAUCGGUCACUCUCUGGGGAGCGUUAUCUUGUUUGAUAUUCUGUCCAACUCCAAAAGGUAUCAUUUAAAUUUUGAUACCAACAAAUUUUUUUGCAUUGGGUCCCCUGUAGGUCUAUUGAAAUUAGUCCAACGAACCAAGAUAGGCCCCAGAACAUCUGCUACCAAAGCCUUAAGGAAGGUAAUUUAUCCUAGCUGCACCGACUUGUACAACUUAUACCAUGAGUGUGAUCCAGUUGCAUAUAGGAUGGAACCCCUUGUUGACCCAGAAAUGUCACAUUAUAAGCAGGCGUACAUACCUCAUUUGAAUGCCUUUGAUGGAAUAACUUCGAAGGUUUUGGAAGUGGGAAAUAAUAUUCUCGAUGGGAUGCCUUCCCCCUCUGCCGACCAGAAAGAAAGGGGAAGGAAAAAAAAUAAACAUGUUCAACUGCCGUCGGACUUAGUAAAUCUAAUGACACAACUAAAUUAUUCAGGGCGCAUUGACUAUUCAAUGACUCCUAAUGCGCUUGAAAUGGACAUGAUCGCAACAAUAAAAUCUCAUGUAUCUUAUUUUGAAGAUGCAGAUAUUGCGGGAUUCAUUUUAAGAGAACUCCUAACGAAAAGGUCACUCCAUCAAAGAAUUGAUCUCGAGCUUACUGAAGGUGGUUUAAUGCAAACUGUGAAAGAAAAUUCCUAA